AGACAAGUACAAAACCGGCUAAAGAAAGAGCUAUGUCUGUCAAAAGUGAAUACUAUGAAUGAGUUAUUGAAGCAGAUUGAUGUUCAGGAUCGCUAUAAAAUGCAAAAAUUAUGGAGGCUAACAAAUAAUUUGAAAAGGCAGCCGCAACCAAAUUGGCCGCUAAAGUUAGAGAUAGCUAGUGGCAGUAGUUGUAGGAGAAACGGCAAUAUAACGUGGACACGAAGUAAUGAGGAGAAGGCUGAAGCGUUUGCAUGUCAUUUGGAGAAACGCUUCACACCAAAUCUGACAAAUACACAGGUUGUGCGUAACCUGAUUGCAGAUGAGCUAUUAGAGCUAAAGCGAAAAAAGCUGGAGCAAUUCGAAGAGAAUACAGAUAGUAUGUCCGUUCUGCCAUUUCGUCCGAUAAGUGUUAGCGAGACUAUGCUAGAGAUAGAUAUGCUAGAGUUAAAUAAGUCUCCUGGCAUGGACAAUAUUGACAAUAGGGUUAUUAAAUCGUUGCCUGAGAAGGCGGUUAUAUACUUAGUACUUAUAUUCAAUUGUAUAUUGAGGUAUGGGUUUUUUCCUAGGCAAUGGAAAUGUGCAGAGAUCAGUAUGAUAUUAAAGCCUGGUAAAAGUACAGGAGAGAUAUCGUCAUAUAGACCAAUUAGUCUACUAGCAGGUUUCUCAAAAUUGUUUGAGAAACUGCUGCUGAAUAGGCUAUUCGAAUGCAAAGAGUUUGCAAAUGCUAUACCAAGCCACCAAUUUGGGUUCAGAAAAGACCAUGGUACCGAGCAGCAGCUGGCCCGUGUGACUCAAUAUAUAUUGAAUGCUUACGAGAAGCGACAAUAUUGCUCGGCUGUAUUUAUUGAUAUCAGCGAAGCGUUUGACCGUGUAUGGCACGCUGGGCUAUUAGUAAAAUUAAUAAAAUUGCUACCACUUGCACUGUACAACGUGCUGGAAAGCUACUUGGCUGAGCGAAUAUUUAUUGUAAAAUGCAACGACGGCAUAAAGUCAAGGCCUGGAAAAGUGUGUGCAGGCGUACCCCAGGGCAGUGUGCUCGGGCCUAUACUAUAUACAAUAUUUUCUUCAGACAUGCCACUACCUAGACUUGUAAUGAAAGAAUAUGCAUCGUUCGAACCCAAUAAGAUGCAGCUAUCAACAUAUGCUGAUGACACAAUAGUUAUGUGUGCAUCCCAAAAUAUAUUGGAGGCAGUGAAUCUAAAUGAAAAAAUACUUAAUACAUUUGAUGCGUUGGGCAGAGAAAUGGUGCAUAAAGAUAAAUAGUAGCAAAACAGCGCAUGUAAUGUUUAGCACGCGGAGGCUGGAUGCAACACUAGUAAGGCUGUGUCCAAUGAUAAAUGGACAAACGAUCGAAAAUAACGGGCGGCACCGAUACUUGGGCUUAGUAUUGGAUAGAAAACUGACACUGAAUAUACACAUAACUCAGCUUUGCAUAAGGCUGCGUGGAGUACACAAAAAGCUGGACUGGUUGCUGGGAAAAAAUAGUAGGCUAGCUAGAAAUUGCAAGGCUGUGGUAUAUAAGCAGCUGAUCGCACCUAUAUGGCAAUAUGCGCUUCCUGUAUGGGGAGCACUGGUAUCAAAUUCGCAAAUAAAAAGGAUAGAAACAAUGCAGAAUAAAAUCUUGCGGGCAUGCAUGAAUGCCAGUUGGUAUACAAGGAAUCAGACGUUGAGGGAUACGUAUGGGAUAAAAAGCGUAGAUGAAGUAUAUCAGUUGGCUAGCGAUAGAUUUGCGAAGUCACUAAGCUGUCAUCCGAACAUUGAAGCUCGGAAACUGAUACUAGAGCCAUUUAUACCAGUGCGGCUACUAAGGCCCAGGUACACGGAGCAAUUGGAUAGAUGCAUGGCGCCACUACGGCAGCAGCAGUUAACACCGCAGAGAGAGGUAGCUGAGGAGAGGUUGCCAACGCUGCUGCAGCUAGAAGAAGAUGAGCAAGAGGCUGAAAGGAGGGCCGCUAUGCUUGCCGAGUGGGAACAGAGGCGAGCUAUGGGGCCACCAAAACGCUUUGAUGAAUGCACAAUAAACAUGCUUCGUCGCAAACUUAAAGCGGGCACAAUAACUCGCGAAAACUUAAUGCUGCUAAUCGACAACCAGCCACCACAGAUACAAUGGCUAAUUCUACCUGAGCUGCAGCACGAACACCUGCAGCGGCAGCAUCAGGAACUAAUACGGACGGCAGAGCCGGCCCCAGGGGCCAUAAUACAAUCGGCUAUAGAUACCGAUGAAUUGCAACUAGAGCGCAGCCUUGAUAUGUUGGAGCAGGCACUGGGACAGGAGAUGGAUGAAGCGCUCAUUAUUGCAGGAAAUAAUAUUCAAAUUGAAAUGCAGCAGCGGCUCGCAGACAAUGAGUCAGUGCAGCUGAAUACAAAUGAGCUGCAAAUGCAGCAUGGCCAACGGCUAUGCGGCAGCAGCACUAACAACACAAAUGCUACUAAUACUAACAAUGUAAACAAUGAUAAUGAUAGUGAUUUUGAUAAUGAUGAAUUUGAAUUGUUCUUGUCAACUUACCUGCAGAAGAAGGCUGAAUUGAAUCCCUCGUUGGUACACUCAGUACAGCCUGGCCCGCUCUCCAUGCGGCGGCAAAAUAACUUAUAUCCCUCGCUGGUCUAUAUAGUACAGCCUGGCCCGCUCUCCCUGCGGCGGCAAAACGAUCUACAUCCCUCGUUGCAGCCUGAGACUGAGCCCGGCCCGCUUUCUCCGCGGUGGCAUAACUAUGUCCAUCCAACGAUGCAGCAGCAACUGCAGCCUGAUUCGCUUCCUGAGCGGCGGCAAAACAAUACAAAUUCCGAGCAGUUGCCACUGGAUUUGCCUGGGCUCAUUGUGGAGCGCCUGGUUGACAGAUGUCCAACGACGCAGCAGCUGAUGGAGCCUGGCCCCCCUGAGAAGCUGGAAAUGCAGCUGGUGCCUGUGCGGGGGCAGCCUGGGUCAUCACGGCCGCCAUCGAUGACCGAGCAUGAUUUGCAGCAACGACAAUCGACGCCUGUAAAGCGAAAGGUUGAGAAUUUAAUGCUGCCUGCAAAACGUAGAUGCACUUACCAAAUGGCGUCAAUUCGGAGGCGACUGCAAGGGCCGCUCCAAGAUGAGCUGCUGCCUGACAAGCGGCAGUGGCAGCAGCAGCGUAUCGGCCAGGAGGCACUGGCUGUGGCUGGGCCAUAUCCGAUGUUUUUCACAGCAGCCAUACCUGAAAAACGAAAAAGGCAAUUUAGACGGACUCCGCAAUGUAGGAAAAAAGCACGUACCUGCCUCCCAGCACACGCGGAACUCGUGCGGGCGCCCCUGCAGACGGAGCUGCAAUGGUCAAUGGCCAUGCUCCGGCCUCGAAGAAGUCCAAACUGGCCGACUGAGCGUGGCCCAUAUGGAAUCCAAAAUGCACACCAUGUGCACGACACUUUUAUAUGCAGCGACUCCUGUCUGCAUAGUGGUGUCCAUAAGAAGCGGCAGCACAAUCCAAUAAGCCAGCGGAGGCGUCGUCGGAUGCGGUCAAAUGCCCAUGCGAGGCUUAUUGCGCAUCAGCAAAUGAAUGCGUCGGCGCCUGUGUGGCGGCCUGUACAUGGCUGGCGGCGCCUGGCGCAUAGAAAAGCGCGACCUCUGAGCGCAAUUAUCAAAUCUGAUAGCAAUUUCGACAUAAAUCUGUAAAAAGAAAUAUUUAUAAUUAGUUA